AUGGUGGAAAAAUACCCUUUGUUUAAGUCAUCGGAAUUAGCAAAUUCAAUACUUUUACCACAUCCUGAUGGUCCAACUAAUGCUGCGAAUUGUGCAUACGCAAAGAUACGUCCGGAUGAUAUGGCUCCAAAGAAUACUACAAUUAAAGUUGAUCGUCAAACUUACGAUUUGACUUAA